AUGGCGUCUCUCCGACACUCGGCUUCGGUCGCUUCGACCGUGUGCAAGCAAAGCGUCAACUCCCGUCUGUGCCAAUCCGUGGCUUCCGUGCAGACAUCUAGCCUGUCCUCCUCAUUUACACGACCUGCGUCUUCUUCUCUCCUCUCCUACACUUCCAACUCUAUUUCCACCUGUCAAACGCGCACGUUCCUGACACACCUCCGCCGUGAAGCCCAGGCGCUUAAAGAGCAACCCAUCUCAUCCUCAACCCCAUUCCCCCAGACCACACGAGCUGCACCAGCCCCUCUCCAACUCAACAACCUCCCCUACUUCAUCCGCCGAACUGGCUCCAACCAGCUGCCUGUCUACCUUGUCACAAAGGCCGGUGGCACCAAGCAGCUUACCAAGAUUCAAAAGACCGAGGGUGAUCUGGAUGCUCUGCGGGAAGACCUCGCACGGUCCCUGAAUGUUGACUUGCGGAGUCCGGAUGUCAGCGUCAAUCGCCUGACUGGCCACAUCAUUGUCAAGGGCUGGCGCAAAAACGAGAUUCUGAAGUUCCUGCAGGAGCGCAACUUCUAG